AUGUCACGAACAAACGCGCAACGGGCUUCUUCCACUAACGAAUUAAUGCGCACCUCUUCUUUACCUCCAUGCCAGACAACGGGAAAGAUCAAGUACUUUUUGCACAUUACAGUCAUCAAAAUAUCUUUGUUUGGUGAAUUAUUUGGUGAAGGUGGUCAAAUGCUGCGACACAAAAAUCCUUCGUUAUCGUCAUUCAGGCCCAAUGUCCGAAUUCAAUGGCCACCGGCUGGAGGAAGUGAGGAUGAUGAGACACCAGAAAAUUCAUUACUUUCGCCGAUAUACUAUGUGAUAUUACAUAAUGAUGAAAACAAACAAUUCAUCAUCAAUGAUAAACAUUUCAUUGAACGACUAUCAAAAGUCAGUCCACCAAAAGUUCAACCUCAACAUUCGUAUUACCUUUCACCAUCAUCUACCACAUCGAAAAACUCCAGACAGUAUACUUCAACUACAACGUAUGCGGUUCGCACCUCAGUUACCAACCUUUUGUCAUAUUUCAAAAAUAUUGGUGGAAAGCUUUAUCUAAUCAUCACGUCACCAAAUGCUGAAUCUGAGUCUGAUCACAAAGAUAGAAAUACAAACGCAGAGGUUGUCGGAUAUGCUAAAAUUAAAAAUCUGACAACGUUGAUACUCAAUCAUCCUCGACCAUUUUUGAAGAAGUAUCCAAUAAUGGCCAACGAUUUAUUAAUGAACUGCGACUUUCGUGAUCCUAGCAUCUUGGACGUUUUAGACAAUAGUGGGAAUGUACAAAUAGGAGAAAUUAAGGUGCACGUCGAAUUGGAAGAGCAUAGAAAUUCGAGAACUAAUGUUAAUUCCAUCAUCACAAACGAUACUCGUCUUUCACCUUCAACGUCAAAUUCAGAAAGAACCACCUUCGCCACAAGAAAUUUACCUAAUACUUUUCAUCCAAAGACUGUCGGUCGAAAUGUCUUUCCGAUUCUGGAGGAACCGAAAUCGAAUGGCUCAGUAGUAACAAUGAAGAUGACUAAUGAUGAAAACGCGAAUCAAAAACUCGAUGAAACGUUUGCUACCAAUCGCAACGAUAGAAAUAACGUUGAUAACAAAACUGUCUAUGGCAUUUAUUCUUGCGGAAAUUUAAAUGACAAAAAAUCACGUGAUGUAUCAAAGGAAGGACCUUCGUGCCUCAAGGAGCUGCCGUCCACAUUAAAUAUAGCCGUACCCAAGAAUCCAGCGGUACGUAAUAUAAUGGAGCGUGCUCUACGGUUGUACAAAGACAUGGGAAGAAGCAUGAAAGAAAAUCCAUUCGCUGAUAAUGAAUUCAUGAAAGAUAAAAGAAAUUCUAUUGUUUCACCAAAUCAUAAUCCUUACACUAAUACCCAUAA